ACAAAAAAAUGUUACAGAGACGAGGAGCGAUCCAAAAAUUUAAAUAAAAAGGGACAAAAUUCCACCAGAAUAUAAAGAACCAAAUCCUCCAGUUUGGAAGAAGUUCGCUAUUUCUCUCUUUCUUGGCUUCUUCGGGUGUUCAUCUCUCCUGAUGAUGACUUCCUCUGCUGCGGCCUGAUCACCAAGAGAAGACUUAUUGGUGCAUCACCUGAAAACUUGGAAGCCCGCCACUGGUAUAUGAUAACUUCCUUUGUUGUGGCCUGAUCAGUGAGAGAAGGUUUAUGGACGCAUCAACUCGUAACUUGGAAGCCUGGCACAUGUCAGUGGAAACAGAUGAUGAUGAUGCAAGCAAAAGAACCCGACGAAGCAGAUCUUUUAAAGUGGUCGACAAGUUCAACAUCAUUGUUUCAGAAAAGAGUUCAAGCUGCAACUUUCAUUUUUUGAAACUUAUGUUGGCUAUCAUUAUAUGUGGCACGAUUUUGACACUUCUGUGCACUUCAAGAGUGCAUAAUCAGCGUCUCCUUCAGUCUGUUUCUCGGCCUGGCCUUCUAGAUCUUGGGUGGAUAUGGGACAGCAUGACUUCAGAUUCCAGAUACAUGUCACAUUUGGAUGUCAACUGGUCACAAACAUCAGAAAUUAUAGAACAAGUGGCAGGCAUGAAAAGAAAUCUCAAUGUUGGCUUACUGAAUUUUAACAUUACCGAGGUCAUCUACUGGCAGCAGAUUUUGCCAUGGGCAAGCACUUCUAAUAUUGUACAUCUAGAUUAUGCCAACAGCAAUCUUACUUGGGAGGUUCUAUAUCCUGAAUGGAUUGAUGAGGAAGAAGAAUUCGCAGUGCCUGUUUGUCCAUCUCUUCCUGCACCGGAAGUUCCUCGAGGCUCACAGUUUGACCUUGUUGCAGUUAAGCUUCCUUGUGAUAGGUCUGCAGGGCGGUGGGCAAGAGAUGUUGCAAGGUUGCACUUGCAGCUCGCUGCAGCGAAACUUGCUUCGUCUUCUGUGGAGCGCCAGUAUCCGGUUCAUGUUCUUUUUGUAACUGAUUGCUUCCCAAUUCCAAAUCUCUUCACUUGCAAAGACCUCGUCAAACGGGAAGAAAAUGUGUGGCUGUAUAGGCCUAACUUAAGUACACUAAAGGAGAAGCUUCAGCUUCCAGUUGGAUCAUGUGAACUUGCUGUUCCGCUCAAAGCAAAAGUGCGGCCACGCUCAAAGACUGGACAACGUGAAGCAUAUGUUACAAUACUUCACUCUGCAGAUGCCUAUGUCUGUGGUGCAAUAACUGCAGCUCAAAGCAUACGUUUAACAGGAUCGACAAAGGACCUUGUAAUACUAGUUGAUGAAACAAUAAGCAACCAUCACCGAAGUGGCCUUGAAGCUGCAGGGUGGAAGGUCAGAACCAUCCAAAGGAUCCGCAACCCGAAGGCCAAGCGUGAUGCCUACAAUGAAUGGAACUACAGCAAGUUCCGGCUCUGGCAGCUUACAGACUAUGACAAGAUUAUAUUCAUUGAUGCUGACAUGCUCAUCCUAAGAAACAUUGAUUUCUUAUUCACCAUGCCAGAAAUAACUGCCACUGAAAACAAUGCAACUCUCUUCAACUCUGGUGUGAUGGUCAUCGAGCCUUCUAAUUGCACGUUCCAGUUGUUAAUGGAACGCAUCAAUGAGAUCGAAUCUUACAAUGGCGGGGACCAGGGUUACUUGAAUGAGAUCUUUACAUGGUGGCACCGUAUGCCAAAGUACAUGAACUUCUUGAAGUUCUUUUGGAAUGGUGACCGCGUGAGAGCUAAGAAGACUCAGUUAUUGGGGGCUGAACCACCGGUUCUCUACGUUCUUCACUACUUGGGGCUGAAACCGUGGCUAUGCUUCCGUGACUAUGAUUGCAACUGGAAUGAUGCCGGAUUUCAGCAGUUUGCAAGUGAUGAAGCGCAUGCAAGGUGGUGGAAAGUGCAUGAUAUGAUGCCGGAGAACCUGCAGCGCUUCUGUCUUCUUACGUCUCUGCGGAAAGCAAUAUUGGAACGAGAUCGGAGGCAGGCUGAGAAGGCAAGCUAUCCUGAUGGACACUGGAAGCGGAACAUAAGUGAUCCAAGACUGCAUAUUUGCUUCGAGGAGUUCUGCUUGUGGGAGAGAAUUCUGUCGGACUGGACGAAUGAUAGCCCUGCCCCAGCAACGCAAACUGCAGCUCUAUCUAGUUAAUAAUUUCUACCCGCUCUUCACUCACGUUUUCUGUUUCUUUCUCCCUUUUUGCAUUUUUGAGUUUUAUAGAGAAAUAAAUUGGUGUGCAUCUGAUUCCAUAAUGUAUUUAGAGCUUCACCUUACGACACCCUUCAUACUAAUCUUUCCACUUGCUAAGUGUAAAGGUGGCCACGUUUGGUCCCAAGUACGUGCGCGCCUUGUUUCUGGGUGUCGUAGGUUUCAUACAGUUCCAUUAAUGUAUCAAUGGCUUGAUUUUUUUUUUCGUUGAUAAUACAAAUACCUUACUGAUUCUUUCA